GGAAGCGCGAGUCUACGGCAUUUCACUUUACGACAACACAGGCCUGUUAAAAAUUUUCAGUACUCUUUCUUACGUUCGACUUUAGCUUUGUGUUGCUUGGAGGGUGCCUGGCUUGCUCAAAUACAAUGGGAAUAGAGGAUGAAACAGACCGGACGCUCUUCAUAAGAAAUUUAGACCCAAGAGUGACGGAGGAGCUUUUGUUCGAACUGUUUGUACAGGCAGGACCGCUCAUCAAAACAAAAAUUCCAAAAGACUCGGAUGGCAAGCAGAAAACAUUUGGUUUUGCCGUUUACAAACAUGAGGAGUCCGUGCCGUACGCCGUGCAACUUCUCAACGGAACAUCGUUCUAUGGGAGAUCGCUUCAUGUGCAGUUCAGAUCGGGUAGCAGCCAUAGCAGCAGUCCAGGGAAUUCGCAGAAUUCAAGUCCUGCAAAUACCCCAAAUACCCCUGGCCAAAGGACCCCGAUGCAGUUCAGUUCUCCACCGUAUACCCCUCCUCCUCAAAUGCAGAGGUCAUUUUCAUCUCCCGAUAGUCUGCAGAAGCACGCCAUGAUGAACAACAUGAUGUGGCAGCUCCACAUGCAGCAGCUUGAGCAGUUGAAUGGCAGCUUCUCCAAGCCACAGCAGAGGCAGUCGCCCGCAGGAGGACAUUACGGGCGAGGUGGUUCAAGGCACCACAAUAACAGCCCCUAUCAGCAUCAGCCCUCCCAGAUGAACAGCUGUGGCAGAAAUCAGCGCUACACAGAUGAACACAGUCCAGGCCGUCAUCAGCAAUACGGCCACAGCCGGGACAACUACCACCACCAGAAAGACAGGAGUGGCAACCGUCACCAUGACAGCAGAGGUGGCAGCAGACAUCAUGACGACAGGGGUAGCAGCCGUGGCUUCCAAGAUAACAGAUGGCGACGAUAUUGAAACACCUAAAGAAUUUCUGUAAAGACUGAAAUUCUUCAUAAAUUUGUGGACAGCCAACUAAAAGGAGAAAAAAAGAUCAUAAAUUGUGGGGACAAAUUCACAUGUAUUCUCAGGUUGUUUUGUACAGGAUCCUACCAGUUUGAAGAUUUAAUAACUUAUGCCUUAGAGCCUUUUUUUUUUUUUUUUUUUUUUUUUUUUUACUUUUAAGGCAUUUUUAAAUUUGUACAUUUCUUCUAUGUGAGCUUUUCUCACAGAUUUUGAAGGCAAGAGGGGAAAAAAGAUCACAUGACUGGUAGUAGUUUUGAAAGAUGGAGAACAACAUGUAUUUAAAAAAAAAAAAGAUUUUGUAUAUUGGCUAGUUUUUAUGUUAUGCAAAUAGUAUUUAAAUGGUGCUCUCAGAACUUACUAACAAUUCUUCAGGUACUUUGCAAAAAAGAAAAACAAAAUUUUCAGCUAAAGAUUCCACCAGCACCACUUCAACCGCAAAAGAGCACCGCCUUUUCUUAAUCUGUUGACCUUGCUUUUUCUAAAAAUGGAUUCAUUUUAUUUUAUUAUUUUUUUUUAAAAAAUUCUAAGUCUGUAAGACAAACUGUUUUAAAAUGAACAUUUUCAUUACUAUAAAGCUCCUUUCAUUUGA